UGCACAGUUUGACUCGGGGUACUUAAAAUGAUCGACCCUCUCCAGCUUCCAAAUCCUUCACAUUUGACUGGAACAUCUAGCACCGUGCCUGGCAGGUCUCUGUGAUCCAGUCUAUCAUCUAGAGCUCGAUGUCAAACCUUUGGCAGACUGUGCUCUGCGCCGCCCUGCGCCACACCGCGAUGAUGAUGCUGGGUGGACCGAGCGCCGCGGAGCGAUAGGGCGCAUUUCUUAAUUCCCCCUCCAACACCGCGUCCACCCCCUCCCCACUAUACCACCAAACCCUGCAAACACCCCUCCAGCCCUGGACAACACGACGAGACCGCGGGACCGCACGAGGAUCGAUCAAAUGUAUUAUUUACGGCCGAAACUUCAGCAACUUAUCCACUGGAUAUGGCUCCCGCUGUGAGGAGUGGACGGCGGACAGGUCACCCCAAAGUGUCGGCCGUGGUGGUGGUGGGAGCCGGAGGAGAGGACCCCGGUGGGCGCUCGGAUGCCGGAGGAGAGGGGAGGUGUUUGAGGACCAGGUGGCGAACCGGAGCAGCGGGGAUGCUUGGAAACUGUGUGCUGUCUGUGGGAAUGCUUUUACUUGUUGUCCGGUACGGUGUGGCCGCAGAGGAAAAACCCACCUAUGAUGCCUCUGGCUCCUCAUCUUUACCAAGCGACCCUGCAGUCAAAGUUGCUUCUGCACAUCCAUUGGCUGACCUGUCCGUGGCAGAGGAGGUGCCUUUCUCACUCGUUCAUUUGGAUGGUGACUCAGAGUCUGAGGUGGAAAGUUUAUCAGGGCAGCCUGCCUUUUCUUCUGUCUUAACUGUCAUGGCAGGAACUGUCAAACAUCCAGUGAGCCUUGAUCAAAGUCAGACCUCGCCGACUAUCACCAGGGAUGACCCCAACACCACCCAAUGGCCUUCACAUAGUUCCAGCAAGGGCUCAGACAUGUCCUCCUCGUCGUCUGCGGGAGAGAGGGCCUUUCCUGCCAGCUCAGAGGCAGGGGCGGACGACUUGACCGUUGGAACAUCUCGAGCAGUUGCUCUCACUUUCCCCAAAGAAAAAGUGGCCAGUCUAGCCCCCUCUCAAUCAGUCAGAAUCACCCUUUCUGCUGGACCCACCGAGAGGACAUCUCAGGUAUCACCUCUGCCCCCUCAACAGGACACCAAUACGGCCUCUGUUGAGGUUACCACCACAACUGUAGCUUCAACCAUCAAGACGGACCCCAGUACUACCACGCCCAUCCUUAGAGUCACCACACAGUCUAUCGCCACUACCACACCACAUCCCACUCCUGUGACCAGGAGGACAACGGCCACCACAACCAUCAGAACUCAAACCAGCAGGAAGAUGUUCACACAACCUGUCCCCAGAACAAGCCCACCCAGGGUAGCCACCACCAUCUUUAUUUCCCCCUUCACCACCACCACAGAGGCUCCACCGCAGCUGUGCAACAUCACAGAGAGGCUGUGGGUAAAAACAGUUGUUUCCAUCUAUGUGAGAAGAAACAGACUUGACAGCAUUCAGAGGCAGAACCUACGGAGGGGACUCAGUCAGGGCCUGAGGAAAGCUCUGAAUGAUAGUUCAGCCCAGGCACAAGUGGAGACUGUAUUUGGAUCUCCCAACAUGACAGUGGCUUAUCACGUGACUGGAGGGGACAUGGUUUACGUUCCCUCUGUUUUACUGGAAGCCUUGAACUCCUAUGGCCGUGAUAAGAUGAUUGCAGACCUGCGACAGUACCUCCCCAUGGUAACAGCGCUGCCCCUUCCCGUGACAACAUGGAGACCCAUUCCAGCCCCUGGCUUCCAGAUAAAAACAGUGCUGCAGUUUGUGGGAGCAGGGGAUGAUCCCCAGUCCUGUCGGUUUUCUCAAAUGAUGGAACAGAGGCUGGAAAAGGUGUUUGCUGAAGCGCAGGCCAAAGUGCUCAACGUCAACAGCAGGCUCUCUGUUCAGAUGGUGAGUGUCUCCCAGGCUACAGGCUCCCCGGCUGUGUCGUUGGUCUACACUUUGAAGAACGGGACUGUCCUCCUUAAUGGCACCACUGCCUCAAACCUCCUCGGUCAGCUGUCAGCUGAGCUGGUUGGCUACUUCCUCUUCUAUCCACCACUUAUCAUCGCUGAGCCACUGGAGUAUCACAAUCUGAACACCUCUGUUGCUACCAGAGACUUCUGGGUAAUUACAGUGAUCCAGGACGUGGAUAACGCCAGUCUGGAGGGACAGUACCAAAGCUUUGCCAGUCUAAUGGAGCAACGGCUGGCAGAGCUUUUUGUUUUGGCAGGGCAGCAGGGCAAUCGUUUCAGACGAGCUACUGCUGUAGACAGCUACACUGUUCAGAUGGUGAGCAUCCGCAGAGUUUCAGGGUUAAAGAAUCCAGCCGAGAUGACCUACUACGUCCAGCACAAUGGCGUUCCUUUAUCCGGCACAUCAGCUGCCAAAGUCCUGAACACAGUGGACUCUCAGACCAUGGCGCUCACCCUGGGCUACUUUGUCCAGCUGCAGGCGGAACCUGUGGUGAAAAAUCCUCCUAAUAACCUUUGGAUACUUGCGGCAGUGUUGGCCCCCAUCGCCGUGGUAACACUCAUUAUCAUCAUCAUCACAGCUGUGCUGUGCAGGAAGAAUAAAAAUGACUUUAAAGCCGAUGCCAUCGGCAACCUCAAUCCCCGAGCUAAGAUGGCAUACCGGCGAGAUGUGGGUUACUAUCACCAGCCAGUCCAGGGCUUCGAUUAUGCUAAGCAGCAUCUGGGCCAACAGGGAGGGGAUGAGGAGACCCUGCCAGCCAGCCAGGAUACCUUAGUGAUGUCUCUGCAAAUUCGGGACACACCACUCUCACUGGAAAAGAGCCUACAGCAAGAUGGAACGGUCAGCAAGAAGAGUCUCUCCUCUGAUAAACACAAAAGCAAGUUGCCGAGCGAGGACGGUUCCGUCAUCAGCAACGAAUCAGAGAAGCUGAAUUCCAGCCGGGCCUUGACGGUGCUAAAAGUCACAGCGCAGCAGAAACUGACAAAGGAGGAGACGCGCAAGAGAGAUGAUCCAUAUGACACCUCCUCUGGCUCCCUGCAGCUCAUUUCCAUAAAGCCUAUGGCGGCUAACCCCAACUACUCUUACCCUGCAUCUUCUGACCGCAACCGCGAGUCAGCCAUCGUCAACGGAGAGGUGAACUUGGCUCUGAAGCAGAAGUCAGAUAUUGAGCACUACAGAAACAAGCUGAGGCUGAAGGCUAAGAGGAAGGGUUAUUAUGACUUCCCCUCCAAUGAUGGCAGCAGCAGCGGCCCAGCUCUGGUGCAGAGACAGCGGCACGGCCAUGAGAGGGCAGCCGGUGAGCAUGGCAGACCACAGGAGCCUGAUGAUGAGCGAGGUUCCACUUUUGUCAAGUCUCACAGGAGGCACUCCCAGGUAGGGCAGACAGCCUACCGCAGCAGACAGAGUCUGAGCAGUCCCAGUCCUGGAGGAACAGAGAUGGACCUGCUUGUUAUGAGGGAGAGACCUAGGAGAGGCAUUCGCAACAGCGGCUAUGAUACUGAGCCUGAGUUGAUUGAGGAGACGAAUGUAGACCGUUUGAUGGGUCCUCGCGGUUAUAUGUACGGCCGGGGCUUGAAAGGCCACUCGGAGACCUCCACUCUGAGCUCACAGCCGUCUAUUGAUGAAGUGAGGCAGCAGAUGCACCUGCUGCUGGAGGAGGCAUUCAGCCUUGCUUCAGGUGGGCAGUCCACGUCCGGACGACAGUCCCAUCACCAUCAUCACCAACCUCCGGACCACUACAGCCCUGGACCACCUCCCCUCCCCUACACAGAAGUGGUGACCAGCGCCCCUGGUACAAUGACUGGUGGACGAGGAGGCCUCCAGUGGGUGCCAUCAUAUGGCUCGGACGUGUAUCAGUGCAGCCUUCCUAAACCGGCCUUUCACUUCACCCAGCUUCCUGAGAUGGCCAUGGGUUCUCCUCCACCUUUACCUCCUCGCACUGGUCCUCCUCCUGGGACCUCCUUAAGGCGUUCCGCUUCUGACUUGGGGCCUAAGGGAAGGAGCUCAGAGACAUCUGUUGCUGAAAUGCAGAGUCAACAUGACAACAACCCAUACGGGCCAACGACCAGAGCAGCACUUCCAUCUAUUACUGCAGAGCAGCCUGUGUCUAACUACUCAGGAAACCCAAUAACAGCCGUCUACGCCAUCCCAGCCAGCAGGCCCGGCUACUCAGAAUACUUUGUCUCUACCCCACCCACCUCCUACCACAGUCCCUCCUGGAUGUCCUAUCCACCAGAGCCUGAGGAUGUACCGCCACAGUGGGCUGACUCUUUGCCCCUGCCUGGGUAUGUAGAGGCUUUUCCUCAUCCUCGAUACCCACAGGGGAGCCCCAACAGGUUGCCCCUGGAGUUUAACCCAGCACUGGAGCCACCACCCGCUGCCCCAAGCACAGCAUCGAAGCAAAGCCUGAAGCAGGUGGUGAAGGACAUGGACAGCAUGCCCCUGAGCAGCCUCUCCACCUCUGCACUGGUGCAGGCUAUCCGGCAGGAGGUGGCCAAGCUGGCUAAGAAGCAGAACGACAUGUUUGAGUUUUAAUUCUGCUCCCUUGUGUGCAGGAGAUGGUCUUCAACAGAGGCACACAAAGGUGGUGCUCCUUCGGACUGAUUUUUGAUGUUUGUACUGUAAAACAGACUGAUCUUUACCCACAGAUUAACCACAGAUUGAUUUCUUUUCAUAUGCCAUUUUUCAUUUGAAGAUCCUUAUUUGAGAGGGAAAAAAAAACAUUUUUCUAGAAAAAGUAUUCAUCAACAAUGUCCCAUGUAACUGCAUUCUUCCCCUCCUUGUAGAUAUGUCAAUAGGAGUUGGGAUGGAUAAUGCAAGGAGAGAACAAGUAGCAUUAUUGUCUGUACUGAGAGGACCACAUACUUUCUGUCAGAUGGUUUGGUAUAAGCCACAGUGUAUAUGAGCAUGUACAGUAUAAGUACAUCAUGUGUCUUAAAUCCUGAAUAGACCAUUUGCUUCAAAAAGAAUGGCAACAUCGGUUAUUUAUUCUAUUCAUGCCGUAUCAGUUUACCACAUUUCCUUUUUUAAAUCUUUCAGUUCAUUUGACUAAUAUUUACACCAUUACGCUAACAAACAACAAGUACAGUACUUGGUUCUCUGAUGAUAAUAAGGGAUUUAAACUGUUCCCUUCAAUUAACAAAGGGUCUUGAUAAAAUAUAAAUUUAUCAACCCCUACUGAAGCGCUAUUUAUUUUGUUUUCAUAUUAAGAUGGAUAUGUUUGCGUUUAUUAAUCUGAAAUAGAUGGGAUCAUGUAUCCAUGCAACAUUAAGUGUGGACAGAAUCUUUUGCUUAACUUUUUUUUCUUUAAUUCUAGAAAAUGAAACUUUCAAUAAGCCCAAAUAGAAAACUGCUAAUUGGUAUUAACUGUCGGGGGGACAUUUCGGAGUUGCAGUUUUGUACUGAAGUUGUGAUGAGAUGCUGCAAUGAUUCAAUUGACAAACCAACCCCAUGCUUUUAUCAGCAAAAAUACUCAAUAUUCACUAUGCAGCAAUUUUCCUCUGAUGCCACUUUGAGCGUGGGAACCUCAAAACCUAUAUAAUAUUGUACAGCUGGCUUAUAGGUUUUCUUGGUAUGUUAUUGUAGGGAACCUGAAAUUGUUGUAAUGUCAUUGCUUUCAAAAUGAUCAGAACCUAACAAGUUAUUGGAUAUUAAAAACCUGAGAGACUUCAGACAUAUUGGCUGAUUGAUCAGGUAACAGGAAAAAUAGUUAUAACAGCUUAAUUAGCAUUCACAACCACUGUUAGCAAGGAAUUUACAACUUUUUUUCAAAUAAGUCUUACGAUCUUCUAGAUCUAACGGGAAUGUUAGAAAGGAAGUGAUUGGAUGCUAACAUUAGCUGACCCUGAAUGGUAGCUUCGGAGUUGAUUAAUAUGUUGCUAUCACUUUAAAUAAUGGUACAUUGGCCUCUGAAUUUUCACUCACCAUUGAUAGAUGGAAUAACAUAAUGAAAUGUGAGUGAUUCCUUAGUUUUUCCAACUUUAUAAAACUUUGAACCUACAAAAGACAAGUACAACAUUAUGAGAACUUUUUUUGCUUCUUGACCUGGACUAAGAGAAAUAAUGACUGCCAAAUAUAUUUGUUGAAUUUCCUUUUCUGCUGUUAGCUGGGCCAGUUUGUUUAAAGCUUAGACUUAACAAUUCUCACUUUUCUCCUCUCCUAAUUGGUGCAUUUGAUGAAUAGAUGCUAAAUUGAUGUAAGUAUUGGUCUAAUCAGAGGUCGUGCACAAACAUUAAUGCGUUUUUGUAACAUUGUGAGUGUCUGCCUGAGCGUAUAGUCUCAGAUCAAGUGUGCACUUCCAAGUGUUUGGAAGAAUUUUCAUGGUUGAAUAUAUCAAUCUGAUUCAUCCUUGUGUCUUGGAAUCACUCAGUUUUCACAACAGAUCUGCUUCUACCAUAAAGACCUCAUGGUUAUCAGCAUGUAAAACAAGUUUGUGAAACACAGACCGAACACAAAAAUGAAAGAUAAGAAUGAAUAAAAUACAAACCAGAAUACCGAAAAAUACCUUACACUUAUAACCAAACAUUUUCAUAGCUAUAACAAAGGAGACCUAUUUGUGCUAGAUUACUUCUUUAUUUUGUAACACGUUGGAGAAAUAAGAAAUCUUACGUUUUGGAUUCUUCAUUCAAUGUAGAACUGAAGCAACGGUGUUGCAGAAUCUUUACAUCAAAAUUCUGAUGCUUAAGACUGCCUACUUUUGCUAUGUUCAUGCUAACCACCUGGAAUGUUUUUUGAUGCUGUUAUUAGAAAAAUGCCAGAUUUGACACAAGACAGACAACCAUGGGUGAAAUGUCUUUCUCAUACGACAGUGUUGCUCUCACAGCAGUUGAGGAUGAAUCAUGCCUUUUUUGACCAUGACUUUGGAAGCCUCUCUCUCUUCUAACAAACGUUCUUUUACAGUCAUGCUUGUUGAUGUGUAAGUAGGUAUAUGGAAAUACUGUACGUCUUAAACUUUUUCCGAGAUUCCUUUUACCCAUAAUGCAGCAAGCACUUAAUGUCUUAAGAACUGUACUAAGCAGUAAAACCAUUUUUUUUUUGUGUAUACCAGAAAUGAACAGCUUUCCACAUACUCAUGCUGGAAAACUAAGCGAUAUUGAAUAAAGGUGUUUUAUGUGGGUGAUAAGAUGAGAAAGAUGAAGUAUUUAUUCUAUAAAUGAAGUAUGAAAUGAGCAAACUCUAUUAAAAUAUAUGUCUUCUUGUCUUCCUGACUGAUUUUGUCAUUUACAUUUCAUCUGCUUGGUCUUGUUAUAUUUGAUGUUCCUCAGAGACUGAACUGACAAGCAGACCUUGAGACAGAUAAAGAAUGAAAGAAAUGUUAGCCUACAUGAUUAUUAUCAAAUAAAAGAUUUUAUUAGAACAAUCAUUCAUCAAUCCAUGUCUCCAAUUUGUCUUCUACUU